AUGAAUAAACUUUUAAUAGCAUUCGGUUUGGUAAUUCUUUUUGUGACACUUCCGUGUGCAUCAGAAUCAGACGAAGAGUUCGAUGACACCGACGACAGCGAGGACGGAGGUGGUAGUGAAGGAGGUGAUGAAUAUGUAACCAAAGGGGAAUUUGUUGAAACUGAUGGCAAAAAGAAAGAGUGCUCUUCGCACGAAGCUUGCUACGAUCAACGUGAACCACAAGCGUGGUGCAGACUGAGCGAGAAUCAGGCAUGGACUGACAGAGGCUGCUUCUGCGAAGAUAAGUUGCAUUCGUGCGUCAUCGAAAGAACGAACGGUGGUAAAUUGGAGUAUUCGUACUGCGCACCUGAAGCAGGUUGGCAAUGCGCAUAG